ACACACGCACUUUUUCGGACGGGCACUUUCUGCGUAAUCAAAGAGACUGAAUCGCCUGCCGGGACUGCGCCGUUCAGCCCGAUUAAUAACACAGCAAACACUUACAAUAAUGCUAACGGAUAUGCGGGCAUUAAUCGGCCCAGAGACAGAUUACACGGGGGACGCUUGAGUGACUGGACGGGAUCAUGUUCCUCAAACUGUAGCAUUAUUAUUAUUAAUAAUAAUAAUAAUAAUAAUAUCUCAGCAGGCAAACCGACGAAUCAUGCGGCAGUGUGAUUGCUCCGGACUGCACUGGGAACGCUGUUUUGACAUUGUGAGGAUAUUCAGUUCGACCCAUUCGCUCUCCGUGCAUCGCGUUAAUUAUCACUAGCACCAUAACCAGAAGAAAGAGCUAUACUACAUAUUUAUAGAUGGUGUUGUUUUUAGCUGCCGCACCUUAAAUCGGUUCGCUAUACUAGCUAUAUUAUUAUUAUUAUUAUUAUUAUUAUUAUUAUUAUUAUUAUUAUUAUUAUUAUUAUUACUAUUAUUAUUAAAGGGUGUAUUCAGAGAAAGACGCGAGACACACAAAGGAAAGAGAAGAGACGGGAUGGGGGUUAUAUAAAAACAUAGCACAGAUAAAUCGAUGUAGAUUCACAUUCCCGUAGCAUUAUAAAUUGUAUUUUUUUUUUUUUUUUUUUUUGGACGGGUCGAUUUCAGUGUGUUUUGUGAUAGUGUGAGCUCGUUAUGGUUAUAUUCGGUGGCUCGUUAUUUUAUUUUAGCCUAUACCGCAGUGCGUCGUUUUGUUUUCGUAAUUAAAACAGCCUUACAAAUUUGGCGUUACGUUUACACGCCGUAUAGCCCAGCUUAAUAUAAUAAGGGCGUGUGUGUGUGUGUGUCUUGUGUGUGUGUCCGUCUGUCUAACAGGGCGCUAUUCAUGUCUGUCUGUCUGCGUGUAGGGGUACUAGGAUCGUUCUGUAUUUAGUGGCCGUUGGUAAUGUAUUGUUACUGAUAUAAGUAUUAUAUAUCUCGAUAUUAUUGGUCACUGAACACCGCCAUCUGUUUAGUGUCGAGAACGAAGUGAGGAGAUUCGCAUCUCAUCGUCCCGUUUGUCUCUCUCUCUCUCUCUCUCUCUCUCUCUCUCUCUCUCUCUCUCUCAUCCUACGUUAAAUCCUUUACAUUUUAAUCUCAUACCAGAUUUAUAGCGAAUCUAGCACAGGGUCAGGCUGUGACGGCUAUUCAAUAGUAUCUAUCUAUAUAUCUAUCUAUCUAUCUAUCUAUCUAUCUAUCUAUCUAUCUAUCUAUCUAUCUAUCUAUCUAUCUAUCUAUCUAUAGCCGCCUGUCUGUUCAUUUGCAACUGGCUUUUAAAUGUAAUCUCUCUCUCUUUCUCGCUCUCAUCUCUACUAAGACAGAGAGAAGAGGAAGGAGAAAAACGAGAUAUAUAUAAAAAAAAACGAGCAGUAUAUUGUAUACGUAUAAUUAUAGAUUUAUUUUAUUUAAAUGCAUGGCUGCAUAUACGUUCAUAUAUAUAGUAUAAGAUAAGAUAGACUUGGUAUUUAGGAAUCUGUAUCAUUCAGUGCAGUGUUUUGGUCUGCAUUAUAAUAAUCCGCACACCCAGUCUCUCUCUCUCCCUCUCUCUCUCUCUCUCUCCCUCGCCCUCUCCCCCUCUCUCUCUCUCUCUCUCUCUCUCUCUCUCCCUCCCUCUCUCUCUCUCUCUCUCGUUUUCGGGGGGUUUGGGAUUCGUAUUCAACACAAUAAAACAUCAAAUCAGUUACAAUGCUGGAGCUAGUAGCAGCUGGCUCGCUGUUCUUCCCCGGACUUUACCUUCUGUCCAAGCGUUGCUUGAAGCAGGUACCAUCCUUACAAUGGGACGAGGGAGAUGCCGUCAUAAUCUCUGCAAGGUUGGUAUCGUCGAUUCAAGCCAUCAUGGCGUCCACUGCUGGUUACAUCAUCGCUACUUCCUGCCAUGACAUCAUCGAGGACCAACACUGGCUCACCAGCUCCUACAUCCUCUUUGCUGUCCCCUACUUCGUCUACGAUAUCUACGCCAUGUUCAUGUGCUACCGGCACAAGCAGCAGGUCAAGGGUCACGAGGGGUCAGGGGUCGGCUCCGCCCUGCUCAACUACCUGCGCAAGGAGUUCAUGAUGGUGCUGCACCACGUCGUCAUGGUGACCGUCUGUUUCCCCGUUUCCGUGUUCUGGCGGCAGGGUAAAGGAGAUUUCUUCCAGGGCUGCAUGUUCCUGGCUGAGCUCAGCACCCCCUCUGUGUGCCUGGGCAAGAUCCUGAUCCAGUAUAAGCAGCAGCACACCCUCCUUCACAAGGUGAACGGGGCCCUGAUGCUGCUCACAUUCUUCGGCUGCCGGAUCCUGCUCUUCCCCUACAUGUACUGGGCGUACGGGCGGCACGUGGGGCUCCCCCUGCACAGCGUUCCUCUAGCCAUCCCGCUGCACUACAACCUGGGGGCCGCCCUGCUCAUGGCCCCCCAGGUCUACUGGUUCUCUCUGAUCUGCAGGGGCGCCUUCCGCCUCUUCAAGAGGGGUGCAGGGGGCACCCCCAAACCCAGGGAGGUGAAAGAGGAGAGGGAGAGGAACGGUCAUGCCUCAGACAAGGGGUACAGUCCUAUAGAGCAGAGGUCGGAGUAGUGCAGCACUAAAUAUAUAUAUAUAUUCAAUGCAUUGAAAAAACUAAUCUAGCAACACACACACACACAUAACACACACACUCACACACACACAGCGCACACAUACACACACACACACACACACACACACAUAUAUAUAUAUGUUAUCAAGACAUUUCAGAGGGUUGGAUCGCAUCAAUAUCAGGGUCUACUGCUAUAUAUUAUAAAGACAUUUCAGGGGGCUGGAUCGCAUCAAUAUCAGGGUCUAGUGCUGUAUAUUAUAAAGACAUUUCAGAGGGCUGGAUCGCAUCAAUAUCAGGGUCUAGUGCUAUAUAUUAUAAAGACAUUUCAGAGGGCUGGAUCGCAUCAAUAUCAGGGUCUAGUGCUGUAUAUUAUAAAGACAUUUCAGAGGGCUGGAUCCCAUCAAUAUCAGGGUCUGCUAUAUGUCUUUAUAAUAUACAGCACUAGACCCUGGUAUUGAUGUGAUCCAGCCCUCUGAAAUAUCUUUAUAAUAUAUAACACUAGACCCUGAUAUUGAUGCGAUCCAGCCCUCUGAAAUGUCUUUAUAAUAUAUAGCACUAGACCCUGAUAUUGAUGCGAUCCAGCCCUCUGAAAUGUCUUUAUAAUAUAUAGCACUAGACCCUGAUAUUGAAGUGAUCCAGCUCUCUGAAAUGUCUUUAUAAUAUACAGCGCUAGACCCUGAUAUUGAUGCGAUCCAGCCCUCUGAAAUGUCUUUAUAAUAUAUAGCACUAGACCCUGAUAUUGAUGCGAUCCAGCCCUCUGAAAUGUCUUUAUAAUAUAUAGCACUAGACCCUGAUAUUGAUGCGAUCCAGCCCUCUGAAAUGUCUUUAUAAUAUAUAACACUAGACCCUGAUAUUGAUGCGAUCCAGCCCUCUGAAAUGUCUUUAUAAUAUACAGCACUAGACCCUGAUAUUGAUGCGAUCUAUCCCUCUGAAAUGUCUUUAUAAUAUACUGCACUAGACCCUGAUAUUGAUGCGAUCCAGCCCUCUGAAAUGUCUUUAUAAUAUAUAGCACUAGACCCUGAUAUUGAUGCGAUCCAGCCCUCUGAAAUGUCUUUAUAAUAUACAGCACUAGACCCUGAUAUUGAUGCAAUCCAGCCCUCUGAAAUGUCUUUGUAUCAGUUUGAAAGAAUAGCUCCACUGUUUUUAUUUAAUUCUUCUUAUUUAACUUUAUAUUAUAAACACAGUCCAAGGUGCUGCGUGAGAUACAAUGCUGUCUGUCUGUCUAUCCAGCCAUCGUUAUUUCUAGAAAGACAGACAGAGAGGGACGGAGUGAGAGAGCAGCACUGAUUUAUAGAGAAACCUACAGAAUCUACCUACAGAAAGUCACGAUUUGUUCAUCUUUUUUAUUUAUUUAUUGAUCUGUUUGUUUGUGUUUAUUUAUUUAUUUAUUUAUGUAUUGAUUUAUUUAUUUAAAUUAUUUUAAAUUUGUCAGCUGCAAAAAUUCAGCUUGUGAUGUUCAGAAAAAAAAAAAGUAGAUUCUAGAUGGAAAAACACUUUUUAUUUAGCAUGUGUAGCAGUAGUAAUAAUAAUAAUAAUAAUAAUAAUAAUAAUAAUAAUAAUAAUAAUAAUAAUAAUAAUAAUAAUAAUAGUCUUCUGUUACAGCAGCUACACUUAAAAUGUCUUGGAGAGUAUAGAUCUCUCACUCACAAUGUCAACAACAAAGCAUUUAAACCGUUUAUUACAGGCAUGGGAAUCAGACUCCCGUUGCACUGCAGUGUGAUCCGUUCCUGGUUUCACUAGGAGUUUAAUAAUCAGACACACCUGAGCUUGUUACCUAGACACACUGGGGGCUGAUCAAGCUGGUAGUAAAACCUGGAAUGGAUCACACUGCUAUGCAAUAGGAGUCUGAUUCCCAUCCCUGUAAUAAUAAUGCUGGUUAUCACAGGGAUGGAAAUAAGACUCCUGUGGCAUAGCAGUUGGAUCCAUUCCAGGUUUUACUACCAGCUUGAUCAGCCCCCAGUGUGUCUAGGUAACAAGCUCAGGUGUGUCUUAUUAUUAAACUCCUAGUGAAACCAGGAAUGGAUCACACUGCGAUACAUGAUUAGAGGGAGACACACAGCACUUAGAAACAUCCUAACUUUCAGUGAGUCUUUUAGGGUGAAAUUUCUUGUAAAUAUAAAUUGAAAUCUUACCACAGGCCAAUCCCAUAGAUCCUACAUGAACCGGGUUAAAAAAAGAAAAUCCAGGAAUGGUUUGAAUGACUUGUUUUUUUUCCAUGGAAAAGAACGGAACUUUGGAUCUCGGAUUCCGGAAUGCGUUUGACUUUUUGGGAUAUCGUGGAAUAUUUCCUGUAAAUAAUAAUAAUAGAUAUUGACAGCUGACUCCGUCCAUGCUCUUGAAUUGGAUACUUUAGCAGCAAAAGGAAGACUAGGAACUGGGAAUAUUUGGGAUUUCAGUCAGUGGAUUUUUCCUACUUGGAAUAAUUUGGAAUAAAAAACAAUUCCACGUUGGAUUUUUUUUCAAACUGUUCCAACAAAAUAAAUGAACUACAAAAAAGACUUACAAGGAAACUGCUGUGGACUACAUUUCCCAGGAUGCACCAGGUCAUCUGAGCCAGACACUGGAGGGUGGAAGAGGGCGGGGUUUAAGAGCUAAGGGAGCGUCUUUCACUGUCUUGUAGCGCUUUAGGGACCGUGUGUAAACUCAAAUGUUUUUUUUUUUGUUUGUUUUUUUCUGUUUGCUUGACUUUUAAAUUAAAAACAUACUCACCAAAUUUUUUGUUUUAUUAAAAAACGUUUUCUUUAUUUAUUUUUAUUUUUUUUACUCUUAAGGAUUGAAAAAAAAAAAAAAUUUUCUUCAUUUUAACUUUUUUGACCGACUGUCGAUUUAAGACAGAUUAUUCUGCAGCCACUACAAAACUGUAAAUUAUCUUCCUCCUAACUUACUUCCUGGGUCGCAGGUAAUAGAGUCCCCCCAUAAUCCCCAAAUGGUGUUGUAUAGACUGCUGCCAGAGGGAACUGUGUAUGUGGAGUCCAUGGGACAUGGGGACCUAUUGCCUGGGACACAGGGAGGAAGUGUAUUUAUAGUGUGGCUGGUACAUGUAGAGAGCUAACCUUAAAUCACUGACCCUCCCGUUAAAGGAGCGCUGACCAUCUUUAAAAUCCAUUCUCUCACCUCUUAUUAGCUUUAUUAACAUGAUCACUGGCCCCUCCCUUUAAAGGAGCGCUGACCAUCUUUAAAAUCCAUUCUCUCACCUCUUAUUAGCUUUAUUACCAUGAUCACUGGCCCCUCCCUUUAAAGGAGCGCUGACCAUCUUUAAAAUCCAUUCUCUCACCUCCUAUUAGCUUUAUUAACUGGAUCACUGGCCCCUCCCUUUAAAGGAGCGCUGACCAUCUUUAAAAUCCAUUCUCUCACCUCUUAUUAGCUUUAUUAACAUGAUCACAAAUUUUUUUUUUUGAAGGAGUAAGAAAUUAGUUUAAAAGCUGCUGAAAUGUAACCUUCUUUUGGGGAAUAUAAACCAACCUGUCAAUAGCAGUCUAUCUGUCUGUCUGUCUCUUUAAUGAAACUAAACUCUUUUCAGAAUGUAGUAAACUAACACAGACACCAAGAAGAAGGGAUUAUAUUGUAGCGUCAAACUGAACAGGAUUGUGGGGCUCUGUCUGUCUGUCUGUCUGCAGCUUUAAUGAAACUAAACCCUUUUCAGAAUGUAGUAAACUAACACAGACACCGAGAAGAAGGGAUUAUAUUGUGGCGUCAAACUGAACAGGAUUGUGGUGCUCUGUCUGUCUGUCUGUCUGUCUGGGGUUGAGGGGUUGAGCCCUAUACAUGACUGGAUGAAGCAGCUUGUAAUCUUUGAA